CUCCGAGAUUAUUGUCUCUCUCUUGCCUACUGUUACUGAAAGUGAAGCUCGGUAAAGAGAGAGAGUGAGUCGUUGACGUAGGAGGAUGAAGGAAGAGAGUGAGAGUUCGCAGAACCGUAGGAGUAACCGGAACAGAGUAUCCUCAGCUUCAGCUUCCGCUGCUCCCGUUGACAGAUUCCGACGAUCGCCUUCUCCACCUCAAACUGCUGCCGCCAGCUCUGUAGGAGCAUCGUCUCAUGCGGUUCCGGUAAACGCUGGGAGUGUGGACUGGACGGGUCAGGGGAUUGGAUCGUCAAGACGUUCUUGUAGACCUUGGGAUAGAGGAGAUUUACUUAGACGCCUUGCCACUUUCAAGCCUUGUAAUUGGCUUGCCAAACCCAAAACAGCUAGUUCUCUGGCUUGUGCUCAGAAAGGCUGGGUUAGUGUUGACCUUGACAAAAUUCAAUGCGAGUAUUGUGGAUCCAGUCUACAUUACACUCCUACACAAAAUUCGUUGAAUCAUCCCCAAGCUGAUAGCAUCAGAGAAGAAUUCUCGAAGCAGCUUGAUGGCGCACAUGAGAGCUCUUGUCCCUGGAUAGGAAACUGUUGUCCAGAAAGCUUAGUUCAGUUUCCUCCGACUCCUCCACCAGCCUUGAUUGGAGGUUACAAGGAUCGUUGUGAUGGGCUCCUACAAUUGUAUUCUCUACCUAUUGUUUCGGUUUCUACUAUUGACCAGAUGCGUGCCUCAAGAGGGCCACAAGUGGACCGUCUUUUGGCACUGCCUCAAGUCUAUGCCUGUGAUGUUCCCAGUUUAAAAACGGAUAGUGUCUCAGCUGCAGAAACGUCCAAAGAAGAGGCUCUCAGUAAUUACUCUCGUGCUCAAAAGCUUAUAAGCCUAUGUGGAUGGGAGCCUAGAUGGCUUCCAAAUAUCCAAGAUUGUGAAGAACAUUCUGCCCAGUCAGCUAGAAAUCAAAGUCGUCUACAAGAUCCUGGUCCAAGCAGAAAACAGUUCUCAGCAUCAUCCAGAAAAGCCUCUGGAAAUUAUGAAGUUCUAGGUCCAGAAUAUAAAUCCGAAUCCAGAUCACCUUUGCUGGAUUGUAGUUUAUGCGGCGUAACCAUCAGAAUUUGGGACUUCUUGGCCACUUCUAGACCGGUUCCACUUGCGCCUAUCAGUGUCAAUCUUCCUGAAACAAGCAAGAAAAUGGGAGUGACACGUGGCACUAGUGCAACUAGUGGAAUCAAUGGAUGGUUUGCUAAUGAAGACAUGGAACAGCAGCAAAAUGAAGAUGUUGACGAGGCUGAAACAUCAGGUAAAAGGAGAUUAGUAUCAAAUACAGGUAUAAGCUUCUAUCAAACUGCAGCUGGUGCAUCAUCCUCUACGCAGCUGAACAUGUCUGUGACGCGUGAGAAUUACCAAUUUAGUGAUAGAGGAAAGGAAGUUAUGCGAAGGCAACCUUCAGGAAGUGAGGCUGGUGAUCGAGCUGAUUCAUAUGAAUCACGAGGGCCAAGUACUCGUAAACGGAACCUGGAAGAUGGUGGAAGCACGGCUGAUAGGCCUUAUCUACGUAUACAACAUGCAGAUAGUGUUGAAGGGUCUGUUGUUGACCGCUAUGGUGAUGAGGUUAAUGACGACUCAGCAGGGGCUUCAAAGCGUACCCGAGGCUCUGAAGUACAAGAAACUUUUGUUCCCUUUUAUGGGAGAGAUUUAUCAGUGGGUGGGCCAAGUCACUCAGUGGAUGCUGAAAACGAGAGGGAAGUAAAUAGAAGUGACCCGUUUAGUGAAGGAAAUGAACAAGCCAUGGCUUUCCCAGGUGCCAGAGACUCCGCACGUGCUUCCUCUGUCAUUGCGAUGGAUACAAUCUGCCACAGUGCCAAUGAUGAUUCGAUGGAAAGUGUGGAAAACCGUCCAGGGGAUUUUGAUGACGUAAAUUAUCCUUAUCCCUCGGUGGCGAGAGCUCAAAGUGCUGACUUCAACGAUCCUUCAGAACUGAAUUUAAGCAAUCAGGCUCAGCAGAGUGCAUGCUUCCAACCAGCUCCUGUUCGGUCUAAUGCUGAACAAGGCAUUAGCAGCAUAAACAACGGUGAGGAAGUACUGAACACUGAGACUGAGACUGAGACUGAGACUGUCAUUGCUCAGGAAAAAGAUGGACCGAGUUUAGGUGUUAGUGGGGGUAGUGUUGGAAUGGGUGCAAGUCACGAGGCAGAGAUCCACGGAGCUGACGUUUCAAUCCAUAGAGGGGAUAGCGUUGUUGGAGACAUGGAACCAGUUGCGGAAGUCAUAGAAGUUUUGGGAGAGUUCGCACCAGACCAAGGCGUUACUGAUGAUUUUGUUCCUGAAGAAAUGGAUCUAGAAGGUAGGCUCGGGGAUAGUCAAGAUAGGGUGUCUCAAUCCGUUGCAAGGGCGGACAGUGGCGGCUCCAAAAUUGUUGAUUCGUUGAAGGCUGAAUCUAUUGAAAGCGGCGAAAAGAUGAGCAACAUGAACGUGUUGAUGAACGACGAUAGUGUUCACCCAUCACUGUCUUGUAAUGCCAUUGUGUGCUCUGGUUUUGAAGCAUCUAAAGAAGAAGUGACUCAGACUUGGAACGAGUCUCCGCUCAACGCUGGCUUUGCACUCCCUGGAUCAAGCUACACUGCUAAUGGCCAAGGUCCAAACGGAGAUAGCAAUGAUGAACUUGUGGAGUUUGAUCCAAUAAAGUAUCACAACUGUUACUGCCCUUGGGUUAAUGAAAAUGUGGCUGCUGCUGGAUGUAGCAGCAACAGCUUGAGCUUCUCAAGUAUCGCCGAGGCGCUUUGUGGAUGGCAACUAACACUUGAUGCCCUUGAUUCGUUCCAGUCACUCGAAAAUGCUCAAAUCCAGCCAAUGGAAUCAGAAUCAGCUGCAUCUCUGUGCAAGGGUCUUAACAGGAUAAACGCAAGAACGUGA